UGCAUAGCUCUAUUCGCAUCAAGAUAAAGGGAAUAUCGGCUGCAGUGAGUGCAGUUUGCAUUGUGUUCUUGAUUUGCAUAGACGUUCGAAUUCACCAUGAAUAAACUGUUGAUUGUACUUGUGGCUGUGUGCCUUGUCAGCGCGCAAGCUUUCGUGAAACGCGACGCUCCUGCUGAUAACAAGAACUACUUGGAAACAUUACAAAAGCAAAUCCAGGAGUUCGGCCAGAGUUUCAACACUCAAGUGUCCAACGCCUUCGACCCUGACACCAUCAAGAAGAAUUUCAACCAAUUUGUUGACGGUGUUACGAAGACGAUGAAUGACAUGAAAGCGGCCACCGAACCAAAGAAAGCCUAAAAACAAGACUGAUUUGUAUGAUUAUAUUAUUUUCACUCCUACAUUAUAUCCCAUUAUACUGUCAUCAUAAAAAUUGGCUUUGAAGCCAAACAUUUAAAAUAUGUAUUACAUUUCUAUUUUAGCAAAAAUAUCACUAUUUAGUAUGAAAUAAAUAUAUUUUUAGAA